CGGAGGAAGAGGAGGAGGACGACGGCGGCGAGGAAGAGAGUAGGGGGCUCGCGGCGGCGGGCCCGGGCCCUGGGGAUGCAGCGGAGUGUGUGUGUGUGGGUAUAGCUCUUUGGAGAACGCGACCAGGCGCCGGGGAUCGGCUACGGGAGAGCAGACUAGGAGGAGGCGGCGGCGGCGGCGGCGGCGGCGGCUGCAGCGAGAAGUAGCAACAGCAGCAGCAGCAGCAGCAGCAUUGGCAGCAGCAGCAGCGGCCGCCCUGAAAUGCAUUUUCCUCUCCAGCGGCCAUGUUAACCAGGAAACCUGCUGCCGCUUCUGCCGCCUACCCAGCUGGCAGAGGAGGGGAAAGCACCGUCCGUCAGCUGCAGGCUUCGCCGGGACUCGGAGCUGGGGCUCCCCGGAGCGGAGUGGGGACUGGCCCGCCGUCCCCCCUCACCCUGCCGCCUCUCAGGUCCAGCAACACUGCGGCCGCUGCCGCGGCCCACACGAUUACUGGUGGCAAGCACGUUGUGAAUGAUCACCUGGUCAUUGGCAGCCACACACAACUCCAGGUACAGCAGCUUUUCGAAGAUAAUAGUAAUAAGAGGACAGUUCUUACUACACAACCAAACGGGCUUACAACAGUUGGUAAAACUGGAUUGCCACUAGUACAAGACAGACAAUUGGACAGCAUUCAUAGACGUCAAGGGAGCUCCAGCUCUUUGAAGUCUGUAGAAGGGACUGGGAAAGUGAAAGCCGCCUCUAUGACACCGGAACAGGCAAUGAAGCAAUAUGUGCUAAAGCUAACGGCCUUUGAACACCAUGAGAUUUUCAGUUACCCUGAAAUAUACUUUUUGGGUCCAAAUGCGAAGAAACGCCAGGGCACGACCGGUGGCCCAAACAAUGGUGGCUAUGAUGAUGAUCAGGGCUCUUAUGUCCAAGUGCCCCAUGAUCACAUUGCUUAUAGGUACGAAGUCCUAAAGGUCAUAGGGAAAGGGAGCUUUGGACAGGUGGUGAAGGCCUAUGACCACAAAGUGCAUCAACACGUUGCCCUCAAGAUGGUGAGGAAUGAAAAGCGUUUCCACCGGCAGGCCGCAGAGGAAAUCCGGAUCCUGGAGCACCUGCGGAAGCAGGAUAAGGACAACAACAUGAACGUCAUCCACAUGCUGGAGAACUUCACUUUCCGCAACCACAUAUGCAUGACCUUUGAGUUGCUGAGUAUGAACCUCUAUGAGCUGAUCAAGAAGAACAAAUUUCAGGGCUUCAGCUUACCCUUGGUUCGAAAAUUCGCCCAUUCGAUUUUGCAGUGCUUGGAUGCUUUGCACAAAAAUAGAAUCAUUCACUGUGACCUUAAACCCGAGAACAUCUUAUUAAAGCAACAGGGUAGGAGUGGUAUUAAGGUGAUUGAUUUCGGCUCCAGUUGUUAUGAACAUCAGCGUGUCUACACGUACAUUCAGUCGCGUUUUUAUCGGGCACCGGAAGUGAUCCUUGGUGCUCGGUAUGGAAUGCCCAUCGAUAUGUGGAGCUUGGGCUGUAUUCUAGCAGAGCUCCUGACAGGUUACCCUCUCUUGCCUGGGGAAGACGAAGGGGACCAGCUGGCCUGUAUGAUUGAACUCUUGGGCAUGCCUGCCCCCAAAUUGCUAGAUGCAUCCAAACGAGCCAAAAAUUUUGUGAGCUCUAAGGGUUAUCCCCGGUACUGCACUGUUACAACUUUGUCUGAUGGUUCCAUCAUUCUAAAUGGCGGCCGCUCCCGAAGGGGGAAACUGAGGGGCCCACCAGAGAGUAGAGAGUGGGGGACUGCACUUAAGGGGUGUGACGAUCCUCUUUUCCUUGAUUUCUUGAAACAGUGUUUAGAAUGGGAUCCUGCCAUACGCAUGACCCCCGGCCAGGCAUUGAGACAUCCCUGGCUUCGGAGGCGCUUGCCAAAGCCUCCAACUGGGGAGAAAACAACAGCAAAACGGAUAACAGAGAGCACUGGUGCUAUAACGUCUAUUUCCAAGUUACCUCCACCUUCAAGCUCAGCAUCCAAACUAAGGACUAAUUUGGCACAAAUGACAGAUGCCAAUGGGAAUAUUCAGCAGAGGACAGUGUUGCCAAAACUUGUUAGCUGAGCUUGAGUGCCCUAAUGCUGGUAAUCCGAGAGAUACUAUAUUGCUGGGCCUUAUUCAUUUGAAACAAGUAGCUCAGAUAUGUUUUCAUUUGCUCAAUAAUUUUACUUAUUUGUAUCUUUUUAGCACUUAUUUUAAUGUAAGAGUUGUUCAUUUUGUUUUUAUAAAGUAUAUGGGGACAAUGCUUUAAGUUUUUAUAGUUUUAAAGAAUGUUUCGUCUUCUAAAGUAUGAUGAGCCUUACUGUAUUUCGUGUGGCAGAGUAAUAAAUAUCAGUGGCAGGCCAUUGAUUACAACAUGACUGUCAUGCAUUACAGCUUGGUGUCAAAGAUAAUUCACUAUGUUUUUAUGGGUUCACAUUAUUAUAUUUUCCUCAGAGUGGUUGCCCCGUAGGGCUCUCCCCAUCUUCAACAUUUGCCCACAAAUGGAGUGUGUACUGUUGUUUUCCAUAACAUUACCUGGGAUGUAGGGGUAGGAGUGGUUAGGGUGGAAGUGAUCUGUCCUCUGAAGGUACAGCUGUGUCCUAUAAUAUUUUGAAAGGUCACUCUUAAGAUCAGUGUCCAAACAAAAGCAAAAAUAAAAUCCGUAAGAUAAAUUUUUGCCCUGUUAGCAUUCAGAUAGUGUGUAAAAAGCUAGAGAAGCAGACUGUGGGUGGAUGAAUGAAGAUGGGAAUCUGUGCACUCUUCUACAUCUUACAAUAUGACAGAUGAGCAGCUUUGUAAAGAGAAAGUCAUGUAUUGCAAAAUGUUUUAAACCUAAUUUUAGAUGCGUAGCCCAUGGAGUAUUUCUCUUUCUCUCUGUCCCUUCAUUCACUCCUUACCUAAACGCCCCCCUGCCCUCCUCCUUGUCCCACUCUGAUAUCUCUUGCUUGCAGCCACAGUUUGCUUAUUUUUCUUUCAAGUAGACCCCUGGAUUGUUAACAUAGAGAAGACUUUUCAUUUCUGAUGGAUUAUGACUUCAGUUGAAAACUCUAGGAGAAAAACUAGAUUGACUAGCUACGUGUUGAACCAAGAUGCUACCAAAAGUUUCUUUUAGCCCAAGAACUUAUUCUUCACUAAGAAAAAGUUAAAUCUCCUCUAUUAACGGAAAUACCUGUAGCUGCCCCGGUUAGGAUUGAUUCACACCAGCACAAAAAAAAAAAGGAAUAAUUUAAGGACACAUUCGGUUUUUUUACUUAUUCUCCAGGAAUGAUAAUUGAAAGAAGAGUAGAAAUUACAUUCCUAUUAUUUUAUUUUAUAUUUUAUUUGGAGAGCAUUUCUCAUUUUUAUAGGGAAGACACUUCAUCUAGAAGAAUAAUUACCCAGCAUUAGGAAAGGGAAUACUUCUUCUCUGAAUAGUAAUGAUUCCUAUGACUACAAAGUCAGUAUUUCAUCACAAAUUGAUCAACAGUGAGAUGCACCAGAUAAGUGAGGGCAAAAGAACAAUGUUACAGAAUGUGUAAUUUAAUAUAGAAAGAUUUCUGGCUAUUUGGACAAGAGGCUUUAGUUAGGGUAAUAAAUUAGCAUAAAUGAUUUUUAUAUGAACAGAGAAUCUUAAAUUGCCUGUAAAUUGUUUUACAAGUACUUAAAGCAUGGUCCCCAGUGAGGCCAAGAAAGUUUCCGGUUAAUUUCUUCUCCUAUUUAUCUCACAACUUCAUUUCUUUUUUUCAAAAUAACAAAACAGUUUUGAACAAAACCUUUUAUUUAGCCUCUUGGGUUGGUUAAUAGUGGAGAAAAAUGCUCAGGAAAUACACAAAUAUUUGCCAAAAAAUCAAUACUUUAAAAUUAAAAUUCAUUUUUGUUAAGGUAUUGGUGUUGAUAUUUACUUUAAUAUUUAAAGUUGUCACCAAUAAAUUAAUCUGUACUUUUUCUUUAUUUAAAAAUGAUAGCUUCUUGGCCCUAGUCCAAAUAAAAUGUUGUAGAAUACCGAAUGCAAUUAAUUCUAUGUAAUCUGUGAGAGUGCAAUAAUAGAUGAGUGUUGCAUUUUAAAUGAUACUAAUGUGAUAUACAACCUGAUCGAUGGCUUUUGAAAUUUAAAUAUCAGCUUAUUUAGUAGUAACAUUCAACCCUAGGAAAUCUGAGGUUUGGUUGCCCUGUGAACCACAAGUCUUAAUGAUGGUUAAUUUCCUUAUGAAAUCAACAAAACAAAAAUGUCAAGACUCAAUUUUUCUUUUCCUUAUUCCUUUGCUUCUCCUCUCCCCUUUUAAUUUCCAGUUUGUCAAUAUUUAGUUUUAAAUAUUGAAGCCUGAGCCUGAGCCUGCUUUUAAUAUACAUUUCAUAAUAAAACAAUUAAAAACAGUCAUUGAUGGGUUAAUGCCACUUGUCUUCUUUUCUAAAUUUUUUUUUCUCCCACCCAACUGGUUCUUAAAAUGCCAAUAAUGCAUUUGUGACUGACUAUUCAUAAAUGCAACCGGAAACUUUUAGGCCAAACUUGAGUGUGCAGAGAUAUUUUUUUAACCCCAAAUACAGUGAAAUUUCCUCUAUACUUAAAAAAAAAAUCCUGCUAUAUUAACAGCUUUCUGUGAUAUGGCUGCUUUAAAAUAUUCUAGCAUAUAUAUACAUAUAUAUAUAAUGUAAAGAAGGAAAAAUGUUGCAUCUUGCUUUGAUGUAAAUUCAAAAAUUAUUUUAUUAAGGGCUCUGAUAGGCUGCAAGGAGUUGGCUUGGAAACAGCACUUAGCCUCACAGGUGACCAUUGUCUAGGGAUGUCUGAGCUGUUUUCAGACCAAGUAAUAGCACCGUGUUGUCUUGUCUUUGCUUGCAGUCUCAUUUGGCUCAGUUUCUUGCACCACUGGAGUGUUUAUUGCCACUUAAGUGUAUUGCUAAAACAGUGGAAGGACAGAAUGAUGCAAGACUGUGUAGAUUAACAAUAGAGUAUGAAAAUCGUGCCCUUAGUGUUAACAAUGUGCCUUUUGUUCUGAAUGCCAUGUUGUAAGGCAUGCAUCUGGGCUUCUCUGACCCUUUGAACAUGAAGUAGUAAGGACCAGGAACCUAUUUUAAAAAGGUAAACCUGUCUUCAAACAUCAAGUUAACUUUCAAAGGCCUUAAUGCAAACCAUAAGGCAUGAGUCACUCGCCAUAUGGGGGUGUCUCAACACACACCACCUUGCCACACACAGGUGUUGCCUACUUUACUUAAAGGGUUGAAGACAGCAUUCCUUAGUUAUUUGUAUCUUAACAUCAGACUGAUUUUUUAAAAGCUAUUUUUUUGUUAUGUGAACACUAGACAGAAAUCAACUGUAUUUGUAAAAUUUACCUCAAACUGUUUAAUUUUAUAGUGUGAUUAAUCCCAGGGCAUUUGGUUUGAACCAAAGUGCAUUCCUUUUCUAUGAACCUGGCUCUAGUUAAGGCAAAGCCAGGAAUUUUUACAAUUUGGGUGCGAGGCACUUAAGCCACUUUUACCUGAAUGGGUGGUUUGGAGUCAUACGAAAUCACUCCAUCAGAAUGUUAGAAAACACUUUAGACAUCAGUAGCAUUGGGCCAUAUUGGAAUCUUUUAAGCCAGCAAAUGGAAGCAUGGAUUAUUUUGAAGAGAUGCCAUUUGUUUUUGUAGGUUUUUUUUCUCAUCAAAAAGAUAUUUCUGGUAAGCAGAAGAUUUUUUUUUCAAAAAAAGAUUCUGUCAGUAAAGAUUUUAAUAUUGCCCAAUUCAGUGCUACAGUAGCAUUAAGACACACACAUCGUGAACGAUUUGUUUCUAGGGGCUUGUACAUCUCUGCUAUGAAAAUAUAUCAGAAGUCAUUGUAAUUACUCGGCUCAACUGCUACAAUUAUGUCUAGGCAGUGGCUUGGGUUUUUAUCAAGCGACAACUUAGACAACGUGACUGUGAUAUGCUGCAACUGUGUGUACUGAAAAUAUGUGAAAAAAACGAUUGAAUGUGGAUUGUAUAUAUGUAUGUAAAAAAAAAUCUGUGAGAUGCUGCUGUCGCCACUGAACAUUAAAUAUGUUAUAGUGGAUUCUAAUCCUAGUGGCCAGUUCUAUGAUACUGUGUGUAUUGUACAGCUGAUGGCAGGAGAUAGACUGUUUAGUGAAUAUUUGUUGAAUUUUAUUGUUGUGGCCAGAGAUCAUUUCAGAAUAAAAUUUUAAUGUCCUA